AUGUCUGAGCCAGAACUAGGCACCAAAGCCCCGGAGUCGGACGCCAUGGAACCAUCGAUAAUCUCCAGCACAGACACACCCGCUCAAACCGGACCGACAAUGGGCGAGCACUGUGUAACAGAUCGGCCAACACCAGCAACCGCCCGUCAACCAUCCGGCGCACUGACGAAGUUCGGGGACAUCGAAGUCUACGUCUCCAAACCAGGCGAUUACCCGAACACGCCGGCCAAACUGCUGUUGCUGCUGACGUCCGGCACAGGUGUGCACUCGCUCAACAACCAGAUCCAAGCGGACCUGUUGGCCGCCGAGGGCUUUGUGGUGAUCAUGCCGGACCAGUUUGGCGGGGAUGCGGCGCCGAACACCAAAGCCAUUUCCAACGAGGAGCCCGCCAGUCCGAGUAUCCUCGAGCAGUUCAAGCUGCGUGCCGCGGAGACGGCCAAGUCGUUUCUGGUGGAUAUGUGGUUGGCGCGCCAGACGCCCGAGAAGGUGUUGCCCAUUCUGCUGAAGGUCAUUGACGUCGUCAGGGACGAGUAUGCUGAUGCCGUGGCGCAUGGUGGCGGGAUCUACAGUGUGGGCUAUUGCUUUGGCGGGAAGUAUACUACACUUCUAGCGGGGGAGGGGGUCGACGCCGUCGGUGCUGUUGGGCAGGCCCAGGCACAGGCGCCGCAAGAUGAAGAAACUAGGGUGGUUAAGAAGGCUUCGGGACCGUUGAUCAAGGCUGGGGCGGUGGCGCAUGCGACGUUGGUGACCAGAGAGGACUUGAAGGGUGUUAAGGUGCCGUUGUCAUUUGUUUGUGUUGAGAACGACCCUUUGUUUCCAGACGAGAUCCUCGAAGAAGGCAAGAAGCAGUUUGCUACGAGCAAUCUCGAACAUGAGAUCAAGACAUAUCCUGGUGUCCCCCAUGGUUUCGCGGUAUAUGGAGACUACGAUUCACCCACAAUCAAACAAGCACAGCAGACUGCAUUCCAGCAGAUUUUGAGUUGGAUCAAGUCGCAUUGA